UUUAUUACGUUAGUUUGACGAAAUAGAGUGUGUGAAUUAGGUAGCUGAAGCGUGGGAAAUGACUGCAUGCAAACAAAAAAUUAGUUAGAACUCCUUGGAACAAAACCCCCCACAUUUUGGGGAACCUGAUUUACUUACUAUAUACGUAUUUAAAAACCCUCGUAUAUUUCACCUGGCCAAUUUAAUAACCACAAAGAAGUACGAGGAAGCAGAAAAAUCACAUCGUUCGUUUCAGUGUUAGGAUUCUAACAAUCACUUUCAUCAUUAUUAUUAUUUUUUUUUGGCACAUUUGAAGAAAGAAGAAGAACAGUUUUAAUGGAAGGUGGUGGAAAUACUGUUAUUAAACCUCCCAUAGACGUUGAUCUUGAAAAUCAGAGGCCAGUGGAGCAGAGAAUUGGAUGGAGAGAAUUCUUCAAGUUUAUGGGGCCUGGUUUUCUUGUUUCUUUAGCAUAUCUUGAUCCUGCAAACUUACAAACUGAUUUACAAGCUGGAGCAAACUACGGAUAUGAGCUUCUCUGGGUGAUACUUGUCGGACUAGUAUUUGCCCUUAUUGUGCAAUCAUUAGCAGCAAAUCUUGGUGUCUGCACAGGGAGACAUCUAUCAGAGGUAUGCAGAGCCGAAUACCCAAAAAUUAUCAAUUACCCACUUUGGGUAUUAGCAGAAAUUGCUGUCAUAUCAGCCGAUGUACCCGAAGUGAUUGGCACGGCUUUUGCUCUUAACUUGCUGUGCCACAUCCCAGUUUGGGUGGGAGUCUUGUGCACUGGAAUUUCCACCCUCAUCUUGAUUGGACUUCAAAGAUUCGGGGUAAGGAAGCUGGAAUUCUUAAUAACAUUUCUGGUGUUUAUAAUGGCUGCAUGUUUCUUUGGAGAAUUGAAAUAUGUGAAGCCGCCAGCAAAGGAGUUGUUCAAAGGCAUGUUUAUUCCUAAGCUUUCUGGAAAUGGUGCUACUGGUGAUGCCAUUGCCUUAUUAGGUGCACUCAUAAUGCCGCAUAAUCUCUACCUUCAUUCGGCUCUUGUGCUCUCCCGUAAAGUCCCAAAUACAACACGAAGUAUCAAUGAUGCUUGCCGAUUCUUCUUAAUUGAGAGUGGAUUUGCACUCUUUGUGGCCUUCCUAAUCAAUGUCGCUGUUAUAGCAGUAUCUGGAACUGUCUGCUUAGAGAAAAAUCUUUCACCCGAAGCAAUUCAGAAUUGUAGUGAUCUUACACUCGAUUCGUCCUCCUUCCUUCUUCAGAAUGUGCUCGGUAAAACUAGCUCCACAUUGUACGGAAUAGCAUUAUUGGCAUCAGGGCAAAGCUCAUCAAUUACAGGCACAUACGCUGGACAAUAUGUUAUGCAGGGUUUUCUGGAUCUUAAAAUCAAAGUGUGGAUUAGAAACAUAAUAACAAGGUGCAUUGCCAUCAUCCCGAGCCUUAUAGUCUCAGUCAUUGCUGGACCUUCAGGAGCCGGUCAACUCAUUUCAAUUGCUUCAAUGAUUCUUUCAUUUGAAAUACCAUUUUCAGUGAUUCCUUUACUUAAAUUUAGUAGCAGUUCUGCCAAAAUGGGAAACCAUAAAUCCUCCAAAUCUAUUAUUGUGAUUUCUUGGAUCCUGGGGUUGGGAAUCAUGGGCAUCAACGUUUAUUACCUCAUCACAAACUUUGUUCAGUGGCUGAUUCACGAUCACAAUUUAGCGAAAAUUUGGAAGAUAUUCAUCGGCAUUGUAGUAUUCCCCUUAAUGGCAGUUUACAUAAUUGUCGCUAUAUAUCUUAUGUUUCGUAAAGAUAACGUUGUGAUUUCUGAAAAAGCUUCAUUAGCUACAACCAGUGAUCAAGAUUGAUUGGACAAGGAAUUAUAUUGAUUAUGAUAAUUGAUAUUCCCUCCGUCUAAUAAUUACUAUCCAGUUUGAAUUUUCAUUGUAAAUAAUGUUACUCAAACGUGACUUACUUUCUAUUGUGGUUUUGCAA